AUGAUGGUUGGCAUUUUUCUAAGCCCGACAAUUUUAUUCUUCAUUGUAAAUCUAUUCACUCGCUCGAAUGUCGUUCCAACUACAUGGGUUCAUAAUAUUAUUAAAAAUGCUGUUAUUGGAGCAUUCACAUGCUUAUUUAUAUGCAAAGAGUUCGAUCCAUUUAUGCUUUUCACGUUUGUAUUUAUAAAUUUUGUAUUAUUCGGUUUUACCAGAUGCUUUGCUUGUUGUGCAGGUCCAACUUGCAAAGAAUUUAAUGAGCUUGAAGAAGAAGAUUAUCGAUUCAGAAUGGCCUCUCGAGAAGCGUUGGAAAUUCAAUACGCCGAAUCAUGCUGCGCAUGCUGCACAUGCUGUACUGGAGUUCAUGCAUACGAUCCAAUGAAGGAAGAACCAGAAGUUGGAUGCACCAGACAAACGCUCGAAACAUAUUGGGACACUGGACGAACAAUCCGUGAGAUGAAAUAUCAAUUAGUUUCAAGUGAAGAUAUGCAGCAAAUUAUCACCGAAAACAUUGUUGUUCCACCGACACCAAAAGCAUGUGCAGUAGGUUUCGUCAACGGAAAGCAUAUUGUCAUCCAAGAUAGACAAGAAGAACCUAUUAAUUAUGCUACAUGGCAAGAAUCACUAAAUGAAGAUGUCAAAAAUGCGAAGGGCUCUAAAAUCAUUUACAAAUGCACUCCAAGGUAUCAUUACGACCAAAACAUGUUACCUGAAAUCACAAGAGCCAGACAAGCUGCAAUUGCAAAGCUUUCUGAAGGAGCAACAAAGGCUGCAUAUGAUUCUUUCCAAAAUGGCGGUGUAACUCGUUUUGUUUUAUCUGAUCAAAGUUCAUGCGCUUUCAGAGUUUUGAGAACAAUUCCAAUGAAAAUAUUAUAUGAAUUAUUGUUCUUCCUUGGUUACAACGCAUUGCUUGAUAUCAUUUGGGGAUAUGGAGCUGUGAGAAUUUAUCACAAAACAAAUAAGAGAAUGAGUAUGGAAAAUAAUUACAAAAAUCCUGCUAAUCAAAGAGCUAAUAUUGAUUUUGAGUCCAUAUCAAAGGAAGAUGAAUUGAAAGGAUCAUUGGUUUAA